GAUAUGGCUCGUCCGCGGUAAGCCCCUUUGUAGGUUAGAGUUUAGUAAAUAAACGGGGAUUGCAAUGCUCACCGAUGUAUUGUAAAUUGUAAUGCUUGUUGAAUUUGAAAACGGAAACAAAUUUCACAUUAAUUUCCGAUGGCUGUUCUGCAUCGAGCUCUAUUCACUUGGUUCAAUCUGCUGAUUUUUCUCAUUUUACUUGUGCUGAGACUUGACCAAAGAAUACAAUGGAACUGGUUCAUAGUAUUCAUACCAAUGUGGCUAUAUGACAAUAUUUUACUGAUAUACAUUGCGUUUAAUAUGAUUUUGUUCUGCAAAAACGCCCAUGAUCGCCUUAUCAGCCUUCGACGAAUGGUGUGGUACAUGAUUGCAGUACUUAUGAAACUGAGUGCGCAAAUUCUCGUGUGCCUCAAACUCGAAGCUCUACAGUGGGUCUUGCCAGCAAAAGCAGUUUUGGCACCAUUUUGGGCAUUAUUUGCUGCACUUGCAGUGGACGUUUUUGUUCAUCUUAUACAACAACAUUCCAGAUAUUAAUCAUGCUCUAGCAAGUUCUAUUCUUUGACAUCUGAUAAUAAGACAAGAGCAUUAAGCAGAUCCAUAAUUUCAUGUCUAUAUAUACAUCUCUUGUCAUCAUAAAGAGAAUAUUUUUAUACCUCUGGAAAGACAUCUUACGUAAUGAUGUAACAAACGUUGAGAUCAGUUGUAUAGUUCAGUCACAAAGUAUCAGAAGUGUGAAACUUAGUCUGCUAGAAAACUUCUGAAAGCUCUAGUCUCUAGUCAAACGUUGGAAGGCUCAGUCACGAGGCAACAGUGUAGCUUACUAUAAAUAAUCUUCAUGAGCCAAGGAUGAAUAGGACAGAGAUAUAAAUAAGUAAAAGCAAGUUCUUCUUUGAUGAAACCACUGUCAUCAGUGUUUUGUUGGGCAGUUUGGUGGAGUCUUUUUUCUAAAAAUUGUUGUGCUUUUUUAUAACUGUUAAUGGAAUAUAGUUGCAAAUACUCAGUGUUACAAAGUAUAGAUAAAGAGCGGGUAUUGCUUUAACACAAGCAAGUAGCAAUUUAUUAAUAAUUUCUAAAGAUGCCAGUGCCAUAUUCCUUAAGUGUGCAAGAGAUGCUAAUCAAGGUUUUUGUACUGUGUUUGUGCCUAAACAUGGCAAAGCAAGGUGUUAAAGCUGCAUCUGUGGUGGAAGUUAUUGCUGGACAUUUAGCAGAGUUGCCAUGCUUGAGCAGUGAUGAUUAUCACAGAUUCAUGUUUUGGCAACUGACUGAUGAUAAGCAUAUUAUUGGCCCCGGAAAUUAUCUGGAUGAAGAGAAAUACAACUAUGAAGUGCUCACUGGAAAAUUAUUAAUUAGGGGAGUUUCAACAACUGAAUCAGGCUUAUAUAAAUGUAUUGCAAGAGGUAUUCAAGAUACUUCAGCAAUCAAAAUCCAUACGGUGGAAUUGAUUGUUAAAACAGAUAUUGAAGCUAUUGUAGAAAAUUCAUUUGAGACAAACUUAUUGCGAGGAAUGGCUGCAGCAAUGGUAGUAGUAGUGGGAAUUGCCGUGACUCUUCUUGUAAUAUUGCUUCAGCGAAAAAAGAAUCAAAGAUUUUUUGACAUGAUGGAGGAAUCUCGAGAAAAUACACCAGCCAGAUAUGUGGGCCAUGUUCAAUCAGCACCAGUAACUCCAGCACCAAGAACACUCGAGGCAGGUGGCAUUGACAACAUGGGUAUGGAUGUUGAUUUUCCAAAAGUGUUUCAACAGAUGCAAAAGGGACAGGCCAAUAUGCCAUUGUAAUAUAAUUCAUUUUUGUACUUAGAACUUAGAACAAUCAAAGUGCUGGUGAUCUUUUGUUACCCGUAAAGUUAUAUUUUUACUUAUUAGUAGAAUUCAAAUAACAGAAUUAAUAGUAAUAAUAAUAUCCUACUGUAUACCAAGCUUAUUAUUUUAUUGAAUAAGAGAAGCGAAUUGAAAUGCGUACGUUUUUUAUAAGCUUAAUGGAAACUAAGUGAUGAAGUAGUAAAACAUUCUUAAAAGAUGAAUUGAGUCGUCAAAACCAUCAUUUCUUAUGAUUAUAUUCAAGUCUAAGGUAUUAUAAUGCCUAUGUAAUUACUGUACAUAAUAUUUUGAGAUGAUUGCGUGAAUACUGUAAAUACGAUUCAAUAAAGAAUUUUAAUAAAUUCAAUUUAAUUGAACAGUAAAAAAA